AUGCCAGUUAGCAGAUUUACUAUUAAAGAAAAAGGUAGAGACAAAGAAUUGGCCAAAAGAAAUGAAGAAAUUAUUUUUAAACUGUCCAAGAAACGCAAAGAAACACAGUCACAAAGGAGGUUUUUUCUAUCUGGAAAUGCUGAUACAGAAAAGCUUAAAGCCAGGGCAAAAACUCCAUCAGGAAUGCGGCAAAGUUUAAGCAGGAGUAUAAAAAAGCCUGUUAAAUUUAUAGAAGAUUCCAAAGAAAUUAAAGAAUACCACGAGACAGGAUCAACCGCUUACAAAGAAAAAAGAAAAGACUUCUCACAAUGCAGCAAGGAUAGUGCAUAUUUAACGAGCAAAGGCCCAACUCCAGACUGCAGCAAGGAAAACAGAGAGUUCUUAUAUGAAGGGAGAAAACUUUCAAUGCUUUCAAGAAGUUCAUAUGGGGUAACACCAUCUGCAAGCCAAAGAACUUCAUUUUCAAAAAAAUAUUCUUUGCCUAGCGCACUAGAAACAGUGAGUUUCAGCAGUCUAAAAAGGAAACGGAUUUCACUAGAUGAACCUAUGCUUCCUCCAAAGCGCCUGCAUCCAAAAAAUGAUAAUUUUUAA